UUCCUGUUUGCAUUCCAACGUCAACAAACUUCACAUAGUACAGGAUCAUGGCCGAAUUAAAUCGACAACUUCAAGAGUAUUUGGCCCAGUCUAAAAGUGGUGCCAAAACGAUAUCACAGUCCAGCUCCAGCACGACUAUAGAUAUCGAAGAACCCGCUUCAGUGCCGGGGAGCUGGUUCGGUAGAUGGUCAAGUCCCUUCUCGGGCUCAAACAGUCGUGGAGGUUCAGCAGGCCAAGGAACUGGCAGCGGCUUUUCCUGGCCAUGGUCUUCGGAACCAGAUCCAUGUUUACCAGGCAUGAGUCGCAAACAGCGGCUGCUGGCAUUUGGGACAUGCAUUUUCUUCUCCGCUCUGUGUUUCGGACUGUCAGCGCUCUAUGCUCCCUUACUUCUACUGAAGGCACGUAAAUUUGCGCUGUUGUGGUCCCUUGGAUCCGUUUUUGCGCUUGUUGGAGCGGCGAUUCUAAGGGGUCCUAGUAAGCUUAUAGCGACACCAACACCAGGUGCGGUGGUGUACCUGCUAUCCCUGGGAGGCACUCUGUACGCGGCCUUGAGUCUCCACAGCACAUUACUUACCGCUCUUGGAGCCGGACUCCAAAUCGCUGCUAUCGUAGGAUACAUCGUGGCCCUGCUGCCGGGUGGUAGCGCAGGCAUGCGAUUCGUCGGCGGCAUGGCAGCUUCUGCCAUUAAAAGGACUGUAACUGGGAAAACCAUGCCGAUUUGACAAGGUACUGGCGCAGUAAUUCAUCGACAGACUAAUACAUUGAUAAGAGAGUGGUAAAGCUGUGAUGCACUAAUGAAAUUCAAAGCGUUCUCCAGUGUGUCGGUGAAGCAUCCAGGUCCCCGUAAUCCUCUGAGUUUAUUCGGUUAAAUAUAUGAUGGUUAACGUGUACUACUCCGCCACUCUGGGUUAAGUUUAGUGGAACCCGUCGAAACUGACUACUGAUAAUGGACUUUUAUUUUUUCGAAGCGGGAAAAGGACCAAAAAUAUGAAUAAACGGACUCUGAAACUCGCCUACCCUAACAAAACAGGGACAAAGAACUGUGAACCAUAUUGCUCAAAGAAUUUUUAAAUAUUCUUUGUAAAUAAACACGAGAUUCAAACA